GCAGCUCCAGGUCUCCAAGCUCGAGGCGAUCGACCGAUCUGACAUAUUCUUAUUCAUCGCCAUGGCAUGGAGGAAGAAGAACGGCGGCGAGUCGUUUUCGCCCGGCGCCUUGCCGUGUCGCGACGACGAGCAGGAGAAGGUCCCUAGAGGGCACGUCCCGAUGGUCACCGGCUGCGGCGCGCGCGUGGUGGUGCCGGUCAGGCUGCUCCGGGACCCUCGCAUCGCUGAGCUCCUAGACAUGGCGGCGCAGCAGUACGGGUACGGCCAGCCAGGCGUGCUGCGGAUCCCGUGCGACGCCGGGCAUUUCCGCCGGAUCGUCGACGGCGCGCUGCACAGGGCCGAAUAG